GUGUGAUGACGUCUGACCUAGUUCUUUAUAGAGCAGAGACCUGAACACUUUCUCCAGUCUGCAGGUAUCUGCAAACAUGAAGAAGCUGUCGCUGAAUUUCACCCUCUUCCUGCUGCUGAUUGGUCCCGUGUCCUCUGCGCCCCUCAACCAGGCUAAUCUCGCCAGCUGCAUAGAUACCUGUCACCCCCAUGACUGCUCGGAUAUGGCUGCCCAGGGUCUGACCUCGGACGGUGUGUACCUGAUAUAUCCUGGUGGUGCGAACGCUCCUCCGGUACCUGUUUACUGUGACAUGAGCAGCGCUGGAGGACCCUGGACGGUGUUUCAGAAGAGGUUUGAUGGUAGUGUGGACUUCUACCGUGGCUGGAAAGAAUACAAGAACGGGUUUGGGAAGGCAAACGGAGAAUAUUGGCUGGGUUUGCAGAACAUUUACAUGCUCACCCAGAAGAGGUCGUAUCGUCUUCGUGUUUACCUAGUAGAUUUUGAGAAUGAUGCUAGAUACGGGACCUAUGAUACCUUCUCUCUGUCACAGUUCGCCAUUGAUCCAGAGGAGGACGGGUACAAGCUGCACAUUGGAACAUUUAAAGACGGUGACCCCAACAAACCAAUUGGAGAUUCACUGAGAAGUCAGAAUGAGAUGAAUUUUUCCACCAGUGACAAUGACAGAGACACAUAUUCAGGUAACUGUGCCAUCAGUUUUCAAGGAGCCUCUUGGUACAAGGACUGUCACAGCGCCAACCUAAAUGGACUAUAUCUAAAGGGAAAUACCAGCCAGUAUGCAAAGGGCAUGACUUGGUCAAGAUGGAAAGGACAAUACUACUCCCUGAAAGCAUCUGAGAUGAAGAUCGCCGUAAAUGUCUAAGUUAUUGAUGUCUCAUUGGGUUUCUGUGGAGAAGGACAAUCACCUUGAGGCCAAGGACCCUCAACAUCCACCACUAGUGCCAUCAUGAGCAUCAACAAGGCUUCAAUCAGAUGCAAUUUCCAGCUCUUGGACAAUCACAUUUGUGAAUGAUGUAUUAUUGUAUUAUUUUAACAGAGUAUUGUGAUUAUAUAGUCAAAAGAGUCUUGAGAUGAUGGGGCGGGAAAGGGUCUCCUUACUGGAAAUUCCAGGAUUUUCUUCGUAAAACAAACACUUUGUCUGAUACUUGCAACCACAAAAGAGGAACCUUGGGGAAAACAAUAAGUAAAACACACUGGGGCAGAGUUACUAAUUCUGUCUAAUAGUUUGACAGUUUAAAAAAGCACCAAAUCCAUCACAGGGGCUCAGGCUGGGUGGAGUUGGUACGCCACCUACUGGUCGGCUUACUUUCCACAGGAAUUUUGCAGCAAAAGUUUGGCACAUUUUUGGUGCGCAGCGGAGCAUCCUAGACCACACCACCAUUUCAUGGUAAACAACUCCCCCUUUCCACUAAGCCACGCAAAAUAAAUGUGAAGCAAAGCAUGACCGGCAGAAGCCAGUAUUCUGGUGUUUUUAGCUUAGUACCUCUCCCCCUAUGUAUCCAGUGAUAAACCUAACAAAUGUGGAUUAGUUCUAAACUGAAAUUUUUCUUUAAAGAAGCCUUGCAUGGAUGGCUCAGUGCUUAGCACUGGUGGGCAGCACGGUGGCUUAAAGGGUAGUAGUGAUUCCGUGGUUAGCACUGGUGGGCAGCAUGGUGGCUUAAAGGGUAGUAGUGAUUCCGUGGUUAGCACUGGUGGGCAGCAGGGUGGCUUAAAGGGUAGUGGUAUCUCAGUGGUUAGCACUGGUGGGCAGCAUGGUGGCUUAAAGGGUAGUGGUAUCUCAGUGGUUAGCACUGGUGGGCAGCAUGGUGGCUUAAAGGGUAGUGGUAUCUCAGUGGUUAGCACUGGUGGGCAGCAGGGUGGCUUAAAGGGUAGUGGUAUCUCAGUGGUUAGCACUGGUGGGCAGCAUGGUGGCUUAAAGGGUAGUGGUAUCUCAGUGAUUAGCACUGGUGGGCAGCAUGGUGGCUUAAAGGGUAGUGGUGGCUCAGUGGUUAGCACUGGUGAUUUGCAGCGCUGGGAUUCUAGGUUUGAAUCUGACCAAGGACAACAUCUGCAUGGACUGUGUAUGUUCUCUCCAUGUUUGUGUGGGUUUCCUCCGGGUUCUCCGGUUUUCUCCUACACUCCACAGACAUCCAGAACUUAGAUUGUGAGCCCCACUGGGGACAGCAAGCGAUGAUAACAUCUGUACAGCGCUGCGGAAUAUGUCAGCGCUAUAUAAGAGAGGAAAUAAAAUAAAUAAAUUGAUGAUGAAUAAA